AUGCAGAAGCGACGACCCUCGCACCUCCGAACCCCCUCUACCCCCACCAUCGAAUCACGCAUCGCCAGUGCCCAGCGGCGUCGCGGACACUGCCGCUGCCCCCAGCGCCCCGCAAACACACACCAGCGCAGAAUCUCGCUCGGCCUCCCCAUCAAGACGCCCAAUGCUACAGGCGACAACCCCCGCCAUUCCAGCCCCACUACCACCCGCUCCCUCCACCCAUCAACACCCAAGCGGCUACCGAAAAAGUCCGGGCCUGCCUCCACGAUCCAGCAGGAGCGCGACCUGGAGUACAAGCACCGCCACACAUUCAUCGGCACCGCAUCGCUAGACGACUUCCUAGAGGUGCUCGACGUUUCGCCCGAGCACACGACAAACAAGGACGCCAUCGUGCGUGCCUUUAUUCUCCUAGCGUCGAGCGAGCGCCUACUAGCCCGACAAGCCUCCCUAAAGCCCGACGGGUGGAGCGUCAUUGCACGAACGUCUGCCGAGACGGUAAACACCGACUACGUCGAACAAGCACACGCCAAGCUCGGGUCCAUUGUACUGCGCCAGUUCCUGGACCUAAUCACCUUCAACGAGGACGAGGAAGCAAACGCCAUGAGCGUCGUCGAAGCCUUUACAGCCGCAAGUCAUCUGGAUGCACAAGCGAGCAAGGCCACAGGAAGUAAGGCCAAAGCCUUUCGGAGUUGGAUGGUGAAGGCGCUACCCCAGUAGGGACGCUGAUUAUUUUCUAGGUUUUCUUUUGAGCACACCUCACUGCCCUUCUCAUGAUAAUGCGACACCAUGAUGCCGAAUGUCUUAUGUUAUUACUACAUGCCAUCCCCUUCCUUUCAACGCCCCUGAUAGUACCACCUUUUUGCGUUUCGCUUGCACAUCCAUCCCGCUCAGCCCAUAACUUAGUUGCCCUUCACCUCACCUCACCCUUCCCGAGAUAGUUUCAUUUCCUCGCCUUGUCUGUAAGGUGCGGCUAUCGACCAGAAUAGAUCAUUUCGAAGCCGAAGCCCAUUCACCGUGUAUUCACUCAUGUUUUCGUUCCAGUUGUACCAUAGCCUCCCACGCACCGUUUGUCUUUUAGCGUUGAUCAUCUAACGGCCAUACCUUCCAUGCCUGUCCCUUGUACUCCUGUAUCCGUCCUUGUAUCCUUUCCAAACGUCCAUGGUGGACUGUGAAUUGGUCUAACCCCUGGGUAUUUUAGUAAUAAUCGAAAAGUGACUUGA